AUGAGGUUAUUGCUGCGGCGGCUGUUGCCGCUGCUUUUCUUUGUAAAUGCCCUCCUUCCCACACCGGCGUCCGGCCAAGCUGGCGACGUCCAUGAAGCAUACGACAUCCUCCGCGGACUCAGCGGCUCGACGAGAACAAGCUUCAAGAAGCCAUCCGGCAUCCUCGGGCACUCGGUCUACUACGCCAAAGAGCUCUUCUUCCUCCUGUUCAUGAAUGCGCCGCCGCAGGAUGACCUCCUCAUCUCGAACCCCCAGAAGAAACCCGGGCAGCCACUUCAGAGAGCCGUGAAGCUCCUGGAGGGCGCAGCGGGGAACAACGAUACGGAUGCGAUAUGGCUGCUUGCAGAGAUGAACUUCUAUGGAAACUUUACGCAUCCCCGCAACUAUGCGGAGGCCUUGCGGAGAUACCAGCAGCUCGCGCAGUUGGACGGGAACAGCUCGGCGCAGCAUAUGGUUGGCUUCAUGUACGCGACCGGUAUAGGUGGGGCGGUGAAGCAAGAUCAGGCCAAGGCGAUGCUCUACCAUACCUUUGCGGCAGAGGCGGGCGAUGCCAGGUCGCAGAUGACGAUGGGGUACAGACAUCAUAUUGGGAUCGCGACGCCGAGGAACUGUGAAGAAGCUGUCUACCACUACAAGAAAGUUGCGGACAAGGCGAUUGCAUUUCAGAGAUCGGGUCCGCCGGGCGGGCACAUGAUGAUCAAGGAAUCGUACAGAUACGCGGACGAACUGGGCGGCGUCUACGGCGAAGGCGCCAGUAUCAGCAGCUCCGGCCCCAACGCAAAAAGGGGCGGCGCAACCUCAGACGCCCACGCAGCCUUCGACGACAUCCUCGAAUACCUAGACCUGAUGUCCCGAAAAGGCGACCUCAAAGCCACCUUCAGCCUCGGCAAGCUCUACUACGACGGCUCCCGCCAGCUCAAGCGGGACCUGCGGGCCGCGAAAUCCCACUUCCUCGACGUCGCCCGCGCCUACUGGGCUAAAGACGGCAAAAUCAAAAACGACCCACCCCCGGGCACCGAAAAGCUCGCCUCCAAAGCCGCCGGCUACCUCGGCCGUAUGUUCCUGCGCGGCGAAGGCAUAGAGCCCUCCUACGCAAUCGCAGCGACUUGGUUCAGGCGUGGCAUCUCCAACGGCGACGCCUUAUGCCAAUACUCCAUGGGGCUCAUGCACCUGCACGGCCUUGGUGUUCCCCGGGAUCCCCUCAAAGCAGCCGAGUACUUCGCCCCUGCCGCAGACCAGGAUCUCGCAUCCGCGCAGGUCCAGCUGGGGAAGCUGUUUCUCGACCAGGGGGAUGUGAGGACUGCGACGCAGUAUUUCGAGCUCGCGGCGCGGAACGGACACAUCGAGGCGUUCUACUACCUCGCCGAACUGAACAACCAGGGGGUUGGCCGCGAGCGCUCGUGCAGCGUCGCGGCCGUGUAUUACAAGAUUGUUGCCGAGAAAGCAGAGGGGGUAUUCGCCGCCUUCGCGGACGCCAACGCCGCAUAUGACGCCGGGGAUCUUGAGACGGCCCUCGUGGCCAACAUGAUGGCUGCGGAGCAGGGCUUCGAAGCCGGCCAAUCCAACGUCGCGUACCUCCUCGAAAGCGCCCAACCGCGCUUCUCAGAGAAACUCCGCGCCAUGCUGCCCUUCGCAAGGCGCAAAGCCUCGACCCUCGCCACCGACGCCGCCCUCGCACUCGUCUACUGGACCCGCGCCGCCAAGCAGUCGAACAUCGACGCCAUGGUCAAGAUGGGGGAUUACUACCUCCUCGGGCUCGGGACAUCCUACCCUGACCAAGAGAAGGCGGCCGCGUGCUACCAGGCCGCCGCCGAGACGAUGCAGAGCGCGCAGGCGCUGUGGAAUCUCGGCUGGAUGCACGAGAACGGAGUCGGUGUUGAGCAGGACUUUCAUCUCGCGAAGCGGUUCUACGACCAGGCGUAUGAGACGAACGAGGAAGCGUAUUUGCCGGUCCAGCUGAGCCUGUGGAAACUUAGGGCGCGCAGUUGGUGGAACGGGGUCAGUGGGGGCAAAGUCAAGGGGAUUGUGGAGGAGCCGAAUGAGAAAAAGUCCCGCACCAUCACCCAAUGGAUCGCCGACUUCCUCGCCGCAGACGCCGCCGCCGCCGCCUACGAAGACAUCGACCACGAGCCUGACGACUGGGACGACGGCUCGGCGGGCGACAUGCCCGGCGGCGACGACGGCUUCUACGACGAGAUCGACGAGGGGAUUCUCGAGAGCUUGGUUAUUAUUGGCUUGGCGGCUGCGCUUGCGGGGCUGGUGUAUUGGCGGCAGCAGAUGCAGUUGAGGCGGAGGCAGGCGCUGGCGGCGCAGGAUCAGGCUCAGGCUCAGGCUCAGGCUGAGGGGCAGGGGCAGGGGCAGGGGCAGAACCAGGCGCAAGAUCAAGGUCAGAUCGAUGCAGAGCUGGACGCGGUGAUGGCGGAGGCGGAAGAGUUGCUGCGGGAGGGCCAGGCGGAUGAAGCCGGCCUGUUUCCCGAACCGGGGGAUCCGGCGUGGAACGAUUGGGUUGUGGGUGGGAUAGGGCAUUGA